UCAAACAAGCUUCUAUGCACGUGCUUUUUAGAUGGCCACAAUUUAAAAAAAUCGCGAGAGAACGUUUUAGUGCUUUACAGACAGUGUUUAAUAAUAUCACAUUGUCAAAUCAAAUCAUUAUCUGAAGCGAUUGCCUGCAAAAAAUUAUUUCUCAUAUUAUUUCAAAAAUAUUUUUUCCUUGAAUUGGCGCCUGGGAUUUUCAAAGCAAGCAAAAACUCAGCUUGAAGAAUUAUCACUAUUGUUUACCAAAUUAAAUUGGUUGUUUCUUAAAACCUGUGCUGUAUCGAAGUUGAUUAACCCAAGAAGUAUAUCGAAAGACAUGGACGCGGAGUAUCUGAAGGAAGUGAUGGGGGAGUGCGUGACUGAGGGACUGUUGGAGCUGGUGGAGAAGAGACCCCUGGAUCCCAUAGAGUACCUGGCACACUGGCUCCUCAAGUACAAACAGGACCAGAAGUUCCAUAGGGAGCAAACAGACCUGCUGAGUCGCAUGGAAAGAGAGGAGCGGGAAAAGGAGAUUGAGUUGGAGAGGAAGAGACUGAUCCAGGAGGAGAAGGCACGCAUGCAGAAGGAAGAACAGGAGAAGAAACAGGCUGAAGAAAAAGCGGCGGCUGAGAGUGCGGCAUCUAGCAGUGUAGCAGGUGACAGUGGCGCAUCUGCGGAAGGCGACGCCGCAGCCGCUGCACCCGGGUCUGACGCGGGACUACCUGGAAUCAAAGAAGAGGACGAACCCGUAGAUGAAGCUGCAAUCGCGGCUGCCGCUGCUGCUGCUGCGGCGGCGGAGGCUGCCGAUGAGUCGGCUGUCCCUCCCACUGUAGAUCCGGUAGCGGCGGAGGGCGACGGAAACCAAGUGUCCGAACAAAAUGCGGAAUCAACAGAACCUGAACAAACAAUCCCACCCGCAGAAACAGGAGAAGACCAACCGGAUGAGCCUCAAGAGCCAACAGAAAACGAAGAAGAAUCAUAGUGACAUCAGUUUGAAUGAACUAAUUACAAAAUGGCAGGCUGCAUAGUUCAAUUGAUUUCAUUUAUAAUAAAAAUGUUUCAAAUGACAGGAAAAUUUAAAAUCUAAAGAACUCAA